AUGUCGAUUGGAGCCGUUGUUAGACAAGCAGCCAACAAUUCAGCAAAGAGCAGUGCCGGUUCACGUUUACGGUUGAGAAAAGCAGCAUUGACACUGACACCAGCAGCUGUGGGACGACUAAAGAACUUGACGAGUGGACCAACACCUCAGUAUCUACGAGUGGGUGUGAAGCAAAAGGGAUGUUCAGGCAACUCUUACAUGCUUGAGUUUACCGACUCAAAGGGCAAGUUUGAUGAAGUGGUGCAACAAGAUGGUGUCACCGUACUCGUGGAUUCCAAAGCAUUGAUUACGAUUCUUGGAUCAGAGAUGGAUUAUGUCGAAGAUAAGCUGUCGUCUCAAUUCGUAUUCCAUAAUCCCAAUGCCAAAGGUGUCUGUGGAUGUGGUGAAUCCUUUGCAGUGUAA